GGGUAGGAGCACUUCCGCUGCGGGACGCUUCCUCCUGCGUCACAUCCUGUAUCCGCAGAUAAAGACGGACCCGACGGGAGCUCCGCGGGUGAAUUUUUUGGGUUUGUUCGGUGAAUCCGGUUUGAAUCGGAGCCAUCGGAACCGCAGACAUGACGGUGGGGAAGAGCAGUAAGAUGCUGCAGCACAUCGACUUCAGGAUGAGGUGCAUCCUGCAGGACGGUCGCAUCUUUAUCGGCACCUUCAAAGCCUUCGACAAACACAUGAACCUGAUCCUGUGUGACUGCGACGAGUUCAGGAAGAUCAAGCCAAAGAACUCAAAGCAGCCGGAGCGGGAGGAGAAGAGGGUUCUGGGUCUGGUUCUGCUCAGGGGGGAAAACCUGGUCUCCAUGACGGUGGAGGGCCCACCCCCUAAAGAUACCGGUAUCGCUCGUGUCCCAUUGGCGGGUGUGGCCGGGGGCCCAGGUGUGGGUCGGGCAGCAGGUCGUGGGGUCCCCGCGGGAGCUCCCAUGCCUCAGGCUCCAGCCGGACUCGCAGGACCUGUCAGAGGAGUGGGCGGGCCUUCACAGCAGGUGAUGACCCCGCAGGGCAGAGGGACGGUGGCUGCGGCAGCAGCGGGGGCGAGUAUCGCCGGGGCCCCCACGCAGUAUCCACCCGGACGAGGAGCCCCACCCCCUAUGGGCCGGGGAGCCCCGCCUCCAGGUAUGAUGGGUCCGCCCCCUGGCAUGCGCCCCCCCAUGGGUCCGCCGAUGGGGAUGCCUCCUGGUCGAGGAGCUCCAAUGGGCAUGCCCCCCCCUGGCAUGAGGCCCCCACCCCCCGGCAUGAGAGGACCGCCCCCUCCUGGGAUGAGACCGCCCCCCCGGCCCUGAAGAAGCCUUGCCCCCUCCCUCACCUGUUAUAUAGAUGUUUUUUUUUUAUCUUCUGCUUUGUUUUUUUUUUAAAAUAAAGUUUUCUCAGGAUGUUUGAUUUCAGCUCAGCUGUGUUUUUUAGUUUCCAUGGUAACCAGUUCAAUAAAGAUCUUGAGUAACAUCCAA